AUGGAAGGAUCUAGCGGCUCCAGUUUUGGAAUAGACACGAUUUUAUCCAAUCCCAGGUCCGGCAGCCCGGCGAGCAUGAUGAACGGAGACUUUCGGGCGGGCCACGCGGAGGCCAGGGCGGCGGACUUCCUGGGUCAGGCCACCCCGUCCCCUUGUUCGGAAAUAGACACGGUGGGGACGGCGCCCUCGUCCCCCAUCUCGGUGACGGCGGAGCACCCAGAGCAACACUUGGCGCAAGACGGACUCUCUCAGCAGCACCUGCACCUCCACGGCCAGCAUCCACAGCAACAAACUUUGCAGCAGUCGCCGCCGCAGCCGCCGCAGCCGCAGCCGCAGCCGCCGCAGCUGGGCUCCGGCAGCUCUGCCCCCAGGACUUCCACUUCUUCUUUUCUAAUCAAAGACAUUUUGGGCGACAGCAAACCUCUGGCGGCGUGCGCGCCGUACAGCACCAGCGUCUCGUCGCCGCAUCACACCCCCAAGCAAGAGAACAGUGUGGCGAGCGAGACCUUCAGGCCGAAGCUCGAGCAGGACGACGGCAAAAACAAGCUGGACAAGCGCGACGACUCCCAGAACGAGCUGAAGUGCCACGGGACGAAAGAAGAAGGUGAUCGUGAGAUCUCAAGCAGUCGGGAUAGUCCCCCUGUGCGAGCAAAGAAGCCCCGCAAGGCUCGGACAGCCUUCUCUGACCAUCAGCUCAACCAGCUGGAGAGGAGUUUCGAGAGGCAGAAGUACCUGAGCGUCCAGGACCGCAUGGACUUGGCAGCUGCCCUUAACCUGACCGACACUCAGGUCAAAACCUGGUACCAAAACCGGAGGACCAAGUGGAAGCGGCAGACGGCCGUGGGGCUGGAGCUGCUGGCCGAAGCGGGGAACUACUCGGCGCUGCAGCGGAUGUUCCCGUCGCCCUACUUCUACCACCCCAGCCUGCUGGGCAGCAUGGACAGCACCACGGCGGCCGCGGCGGCCGCGGCCAUGUACAGCAGCAUGUACCGGACUCCGCCCGCGCCGCACCCGCAGCUGCAGCGGCCCCUGGUCCCGCGCGUGCUGAUCCACGGCCUCGGGCCCGGCGGGCAGCCGGCCCUCAACCCCCUGGCCAGCCCCAUCCCGGGGACCCCUCACCCGCGGUGA